AUGUCUAAUAUUAAUUUGUUGAAUGAAUCAGUUAGACAAGCGGUGGGCCUAGUCGUAAACUCGUCUUUAUCACAAGAAGACAUUGGCCCGUACUUCAUAACUCUAUACGCCUCAGCCUAUCUGUUUUCCAUUCUGUCUCCUGUUACAGUAGUAAGCAAUGGUCUUCUUCUAGUUGCAAUCUACAAAGAUCCAUUUGAGUGCUUUCGCACUCCAGUAACGUUCUUCACCGUAAGCUUGGCCAUAGUAGAUCUACUAGCUGGUACAAUCGUCGAACCAUGUUUUGCCAUCUUCUACUUUGCCUGUUAUUCCAAACAGACAUUGGAUCCUGGUAAAUAUUUCUCGUACCUUUUCCACAUAGCGUCUUUUCUGUCCCUGGUCUUGAUAAGCUCGUCGUUCCUUUUAGUUUUAGCCCUGACAACAACACAAUACAUCGCAAUCACCUAUCCUCACAAGUACAAGCAGUUAUUCACCAAGAAACGGGUCCUCGUCUUCGUCUUUGGAUUCUUCAUCUACUUUGCCGUCUUUAGUUCCUUGCAAUUCACGAAAAUCCCAACAGAUCUCUACCUUAGGAUAAAUCUACACCUUCAUCCCACGGUUAUAGGAUUUCUCCUCACUAUCGCGCACAUACUUCUUUUCAAGUCGUUCCGUAAAUUUGUGCAACAGUCCAAAGCUUUGCGACGCCCAAGUAUGGCUCAACAUGUCCAUCCCACUGCUCAGGGUAGCAAGAGCGAGACAAAACACCAGAAGCAGCUCACUGUCGUGGCCCUUCUACUCUCCGCUUUGUUGCUCUUGUGCUCCAUACCCCACAUUGUAACAUUCUACAUCUACUUUUACACCAAGAUUAUCUCGUUUACAGAGAUCCGCAAUAUCAGUAUAGCACUCCGUGUAAGUGACAUGAUCUUGUUCGUCAAGGUCGCCCUGGAUGCUUAUAUUUAUGCGUGGAGGCAUCCUAAGUACAGAAAAGCAGUAAAGGGAACGAUACUCUGCUACGUCAAACAGACAACGCGAGAAAGGGACACUGAGCAAGAACUGGUGGUUACCGCAAGUUCUUGUAAAGUUCAACACUAA